UUUGCGUAGAUGUCACAAAAUGAUCAUACCAUAGUUGCCAUCCGCAUACUUAGGGAUGGCAAUGGGUCGGGUUGGAGCGGGUUUUGCCAAACCCAAAUCCAAACUCAUGGGUUUAUCCACCAAAAAAAUCCGUGGUAAAACCCGCUGGGUUUGAAAAACUCAAACCCAACCCAACCCGCUGGGUAUCCGCGGGUUCAUGGGUACCCGUGGAUUUUUGUGGUAAAAAAUUUACAAUAACAAAUUUCUUUCAAAACAAAAGUCUAACAUCUAUUUUCUGAUAAAAUUAUCCAUACAAAAAACACUAAUCUAAAGCAUACAAGCAAACAGGGCUUGGGACUUCUCUCGCGCGUAUUUUGUUUCAUUUCGCUCCUCGUAGGUAUAACAGGGCUGCCCAUUCCGUGGCAAAACAGGCCCUCGCAUCGAUGGUUCAGCGUCUGGUUGACCAUCGUUUUGCUCUUGUUUCUUUUCCCUGACCGUUUGGUCUUGUAUAUUUUCGUAUCUUGCUAUUCCUUCCGGAAUAUCUUUGGCAAAAAAAAAAAAGCAUACAAGCAAACCGCAAAUUAUCAAUACAAAUAGUUCAAAUUAAAGAUAAACAUCUAUAAACAAUAUGAUUAAUUGAAAGCUCCUUCCUCCUUGUCAACUAAACUUCUUCACACUCCACUACAUAUUACAUAAUGUCAACUUCAUUGUACACAAUUAGUAAGAAUAAAGUAACAUGUCUCCAAAAAUAUAAAAAAAAAUAGUUGUUUAAAGAAGAUAUAUUGCUUAGAAUAUAAAUAAUCCGGAAAAUUUAAUUACAUGAGUGUGAGUGGGUACCCAUGAGACGGGUUUACCAAAACCCAACCCAACUUGUUGAAUAGUGUAGCGGGUUUAAACCCAAACCAGACCCAAAACCCAUCAACACGAAUUUUACCCGCAUUGACCUGGUUAGAUUAGGUGAAUACCCGUGGAUUUGGGUUUUGUUGCCAUUCCUACUCAUACUAGACACUCGCCUACAAUAGUUUCUUUUUACAGUCAUUUUCAGCUAAUUGAGGAAGAAGCUGAGCCCGAGCCAAGAAGCCCCCGUAGCGUAGCGGGUGAAGUUUGGCUUUCACUUACAUCCAACGCCACCAUUUGCACUUUGGUUGUUGGCAACUCGUUACCACUUUCUCUGUGUGUUCAUUAAACAAAAAAAAACAAUAUACUUAAAUACACUCACCGUGAAAAACAAAUUGUCCAAAAAAUAAAUCAGCAGCAGAAAAGAGUAGUAGAUGUCCCUGUCUCUGUCAUCCCCACUUCCAGCCUGUCCCCUCUCUCUCUCUCUCUCUCCUCCUUCCUCCAUUAAUCUCUGCUCUGCUUUCUCUCACAUCUCCCACUCUGCACCUCUUUUUCCCUCUUUUCUCUCUUCAUCUCUCCAUUCCGCGUGUCCUUCACUUCCCCUCCGCCUUAACGCAACCUCACCAAAUUUCCCCCCCCCCUUCUUCUUCUUCUUCUUCCCCAACCCUCUCUUCCAUUCCAUUCCCAAACCCCAAUCUCCACACUCUGAACUCCCCUUCUCAAUUUCGAGCACCAUGGGAGGAACUCCCAUCUAUGGUGUCUCUUCUCUCCUCUCCUUCUUCCUCCUCCUCCUCAUUACUUCCACCGUCGCAUUGCCCACAACUUCUCCCCCCAAACCCCACCACCGCCACCACUCCCAACCCUCCAUUCCCCCCAAUUCCACCGCCGCCGCCGGCCAAAUCAACUCCAACUCCGUCCUCGUCGCCCUCCUCGACUCCCACUACACCGAGCUCGCCGAGCUCGUCGAGAAAGCCCUCCUCCUCCACACCCUCGAGCAGGCCGUCGGCAACCACAACUUAACCAUCUUCGCACCCCGCAAUGAAGCUCUGGAGCGCCGCCUCGACCCCGAAUUCAAGCGCUUCCUCCUCGAGCCUCGCAACCUCCACUCCCUCCAGACCCUAAUCAUGGCCCACAUUCUCCCCUCCCGGGUCGGAUCCCCCGACUGGCCCCAACCCACCGACCCAUCUCCCCGCCACCGACACCGCACCCUCUCCUCCCACCACCACCUCCACCUCUCCACCAAGCCCACUGGCCAGAAAACCGUCGACUCCGCCGAAAUCGUCCGACCCGACGACGUCACCCGACCCGACGGAGUCAUCCACGGAAUCGAGCGCCUCCUCGUCCCUCAAUCCGUCCAGGAGGACUUCAAUCGCCGUCGGAAUCUCAGAUCCAUCUCCGCCGUCAUCCCAGAGGGAGCUCCCGAAGUAGAUCCCAGAACCCACCGAUUGAAAAAACCUGCAGCCGCAGCAGCGGUACCCGUCGGAGCCCCGCCGGUCCUCCCAAUUUACGACGCUCUGGCUCCGGGUCCUUCUCUGGCUCCGGCUCCCGCUCCGGGACCCGGAGGCCCGCACCACCACUUCGACGGGCACAGCCAGGUCAAGGACUUCAUCCACACUCUCUUGCAUUACGGCGGGUACAACGAAAUGGCCGAUAUCCUCGUCAAUUUGACCUCUCUCGCCACGGAGAUGGGCCGGCUGGUUUCAGAAGGCUAUGUGCUGACUGUUUUGGCGCCGAACGAUGAAGCGAUGGCGAAGCUGACGACCGACCAGCUGAGCGAACCGGGUGCGCCGGAGCAGAUUAUUUAUUACCAUAUCAUCCCCGAGUACCAGACCGAAGAGAGCAUGUACAAUGCGGUGAGGAGGUUUGGGAAAGUGAAGUACGAUACGCUGCGGCUGCCUCAUAAAGUUACUGCGCAGGAGGCGGACGGGUCGGUGAAAUUCGGGGCGGGUGAUGUGUCGGGGUACCUGUUCGACCCGGAUAUCUACACCGACGGCAGGAUUUCGGUGCAGGGGAUUGACGGGAUCCUGUUCCCGGAGACGGAAGCGGCGGAGACGCUGAGGAAGCCGGCGAGUCCCGUCAAAGUCGUGACCAAGGCCAGGAGAGGGAAAUUGAUGGAGGUGGCCUGCAGAGUGAUCGGCUCUUAUUUCGCUGCUUCUUCCUGUCAAUGAACAUACAGCAAACUCUUCUUUCCCUUUUCCCCCCAUUUAUUUUCUCUUCAAAAAAGACAAAAAAAAAAAAUACAAGUGGGGGAGCCAUUGGAUGAAAUAGAGAAACUGGUAAGUCUCGUGAUAAGGUUUUUUUACUGUCAUUUCUGGGAUUUCAACAGGGGUUAUUUAGUAAUUAGUUGGCCUGAUGAUUGUUGUCUUCAUUGGCAGGUAGAAAGACUUUUGUGUAGAAGAAGAAGAAGGGAAACAUGAUGGUAAUAAUAAACAAGGGGGAAGGGCUCAUGUUGAAGGCCUAUUUUACCCCUGAUGAGAUUAUAUAUAUUACUAUUACUAUUAUGUGAAAGCGAGCAUAGAGGGUUUUGAGUGGUGCUUUGUAUUUUGUCUGUCCAAAAAAAAAAAAAGUUACUGUAAUUACAUACUUGGUCGUGUCAUUUUUUCAAUUAAUUCUUUCUUCUUUCUCAGUUUGGAAAAUUCUUACCCUUUGUGUAUUCUUCUAUUCAUCGACCCAUCCAGCAGUUUCAAUUUGGUUACUACUGUUACUGUACGUAUCGGUAAAAAAGCGCCGGUUUACACCAGAUUUUCCCCCGUCGUCCUUUCUCUCGCGGUCUCUGUUUCACCAAUUAGUUUAAUUCUUCUGUUGCUGGUUUUUUAUUUUAUGUUUUCAUUGCAGACCAGACCACACAUACAUUAUUAAUUCAACUAUUAUUGAUUUCUUCCUUUCUUUCUUCUGCUGCUUCACAAGACCCUUUAUUAUUUUAUUUGCUUUUGGGAAUAUGUGAGAUUGUCGGUGAGCAAUGUGGUGGAUCCUACUUAUUAUUAGUAUUACUAUUACUAUUACACACGGGAAUAAAUUAUGCAUAAAAUGCUUUAUAACAGGGAAGAGGAGCAAAAAGAAAGGGAAAGGGAAAGGGAAGGUGGACAAUGGUGGUUGUAAGUAAUGUCUGGUAUUGUUCCUUGCAUUGCAUAGCAAAGGGAUGGGGACAUCGCAACCGUCAUUGUCUUUUCUUGGCUAGUCCAAUGGCCACAAGUAUAAACAAAAACAAACUAAAAGUCGUUUGGACGAGGAAUUGGAACGGAUCAAUUUGACACGAUUGUCUCGUUUUGAGACAAUUGUACCAAAUUGUCUCGUUUGCCAGCAAAAAAAUUGGAUGGAUCAAACUGCCUGAGAUAUUUUGAAUUGAUCCAUUUGAGUCAAUUUCAAUUACCUGGGGUGGGUUAGGUAAUUCGAAUUUACUCGUUUUAAUUGUCUCAUUUAUAAAACGAGACAAUUGAUCAAAUUGACUCAUUUUUAGAUUGAUCCAUCCAAACGAUUAUGGUGACUUGGACAAAACGGUCGAUCUGAUUAUUGAUGAGAUCAAUCUAUUUGGACAAAACGGUCGACCUCUUCACUAAAAAGAUAUUAUACAAAAAGAUGAUCUACCACAUUCAUUAAGGGGUCUACCUUUUUUCCCAAGCGGUCCACCUCUUUCAAUACUGGAUCCACCUCAUGAACCAUUCCUAGUGAUAUCACCAUAUAUAAUUAGAGUCUAAUAACAACAUAUAUGCUUUCUAGUAAGAGAUUUGAAAGGAGAUUUACUUCAAAUUCUAAGUUUCUUGUUUUUAUCUCAUAGUUGUCUUGUGAUGGAUCAACUUUGUGGUUAUUGUUGUUAUGAAGAUGCUCAAAAUGUAGAGUAGAUUUGUUAUACAAUUGUGUCAUCUUCGACGUCCCUAAAUCGUAUAUCAUCACUUUUGUGGAUUUUUAUUUCAAAAGAGUUAAAAGAGGGCGUUUCUUUUUGUCUUGGCCUAUAAGUGGCCGCCCACAAUUGAUAGGAUGUUGCGUUACUACAAAAACAAUUUUAUAUUGUUGGUCUCCUAUUGUCCAUUAUUUUUCUAAUGUAAGUAUAAAGUAAUUGUGUUAUCUGGUCGACUGUUCGCCGAAAGCGGAGAUCAUUUGUCGAAAGAGAUAUGUAAACCAUAUUGUGAAAUUAGUAGGUUGUUUUAGAAGAAGCGGUCUACCUCCUCCAACAAGCAGUUGUAAGUUGAAGGUAAGUGUGUAACAUGUCGACCCAUUGCUAGAAGCAGUAGACCGACUGCCUCGAAUGGUAUACCAUUUGGUGGAAGAGGUCGACCACUUAAGGUAAUUGUGUCAUCAAGUCAACCCAUUUCCGAAGCGGUAGAUCGGUUGACUCAAGUGGUAGACCACUUGGUGGAAGAGGUCGACCACUUGGUAGAAGAGGUCGACCACUUGGAGGUAAGUGUAUCACCAGGUCGACUGGAUGACUCAAGUGGUAGACCACAUAGUGGAAGAGGUCAACCGCUUGAAGGUAAGUGUGUCAUUAGGUCGACCCAUUUUCGAAAGUGGUAGACCGGAUAACUCAAGUGGUAGACCACUUGGUGCAAGAGGUCCACCAUUUUCUUGGAAAGUGGUCGACCACUUGAUGGAAAAGGUCGGCCGUUUUCUCCAAGUUACGGUGACUUGCAAGUCACCAUAGACAUACCCUCAAAUAAAACAUCAAUAUAUGCAAAUCAAAUCUGGGCGUAAGAUUAAAAGAUUUUUUUUAAUUGACUUGUAUUUUUUAACCUGAAUUAAAAAUUUGUAUAUCUUUUUUAUCUACAAAAUGAUAUCUUUUAUUUACAUAUUUAGAGGAGAAGACUUCGUACAAUCAGUGGCGUAGUUAGGAAUUUGACUUAGGUAGGUCCUAUUUUAAAAAAUUAGUAACAUAAAAUUAUUAUUGUUGGACAAUGAACUACCACGUGUUUCACAUUAUAAAAAACUUCUAAAAUACAUUCAUCAUCCAACUAUCAAGGAUGAUAAUCAUCAUUAUCUAAUUCCGAAGCAUGUUCUUCACAAAGUUCAUUGCAGAAAAUACUACUUCAACACUAGCAGUAACGACAUAUAGCAACAAGCCAACAACUACAAUUUCAAAUUCAAUACACCAAUGAUCAAUGACGCAUUUUCAUAAUGGCCAACGUUAAAAUAAAAAUAUAUUAAUGAUUUUUAGUAAUGAUCAAUGAUGUUUUUUCAUAUUCUGAAAAGUAUCUCAAUUAAAUUGUUCAUCCAAACGAUCAAGGAUGUCGCUCUCCAUAUGCCCUCACUAAAAAAAAAUCGUGACUUCACCACUCGUCAGACGAGUAAAUAUAUUUGUCACGAAGUUCAUUGUAGAAAAUGUUCUUUCAUCAUUUACAAUUGCGACAUGUAUCAACUACACCGACUUCAUUAGUAGAUACACCAAUGGAAACAGUCGAUGAUUUUUUUACACAACCAUUUCCCUAAAAAUUCAACAAAUCACUUUAAUCGUGCGAACCUCUAAUCUAUCUUCAUAUCAAAUAUAUAAGUGCCAAGUUGGCGAAGGUCAAGAUAUGAGAUCACAUUUAGAGAACUCAUUAGUAUAAAAUGUAGGAAGUUUU